AUGCCAGCCUUAAAGGACAAUAUGCAGAUCGUUUUAAGUUACGUUUCCCAGGUAUUUUCUGUCGCUUCGUUGGGUUGUUUUUACGAUUGUGACGUAGAUCUUGUCUUUCUACUGUAUAGCGUUGCGGACUCGCUUCUCGACGCAAUCCUGAGACCUAAUGUACCACAAAUAGUAUGUUUUUCCAUAUAUCAGGAGCAGAUUCAAAGUUGUAAACAGAUGAAUUUACAUCCUGAAAUACAAAGUCUGGUCCAAAGAGAGUCCACAACUUAUCUUAUCUUACACAAAGUUCUGACAAAUACACCAGCACUGGUGUUAGGAUUGUUCUGUGGAGCGUGGAGUGAUAAAUAUGGCCGUAGGCUUCCAAUGGCAUUGCCUAGUUUUGGAACCACCUUUGCUGUAUUGCUAUACAUGGCUGCAAACAUGACAUCUAAAGGAUCUAUUGACUUUUUCUUAUGUGGAUCUUUUGUUCAUGGCUGUUUUGGGAAGACUGCAAUGAUAAAUAUGGCUGUUAACAGCUAUAUUGUUGAUGUUACAACAACAGAUAAACGUACAAAAAAGCUCGGAAUCUUGGCAGCUAUGCAAUUUUUGGGUAUGUUUGUGGGAUCUCUGAUUGGAGGUCUGUUGGUAGAUUUAACAUCAGUGUUAACGUCCUAUUGCAUUGUUUCAGCAAUAAGCUCUAUCGUAGUCACAAUGACAUUGUUAUUCCUCCGAGAAACUAUAAAGGUAGAUAACGAAGAAAAUUUAUCUCCGUACAAAUCCUUUUUCCGUUGCAAAAAUGUACAAGAAUCAUUUAAGGUCUUAACAAAAAAUAGAGACGGAAAACUACGAACAUGUAUAUUUAGUUUAUUUCUUAUCAUUUUGCUACAUCAAACAUGCAGAACUGGCCUAACAGACGUAACUCUGUUGUACACCGAGAAGUCCCCUCUUAGUUGGCCGACAUCUUGGUUUGGGUACCUUUCAGCAGCUGACAACGCCGCCAUGGGAAUUAUUUUGUUGGUACUUCUCCCGCUUUUGUCUAGUGUUGUGAAAUUGAACGAUGCCACAAUAAGCAUGAUUGGGUUAUCCUGUGCGUGUGCGAGGUUUGUGAUUAUGACCUGGAGCAAGAAGACAUGGAUGGUCUGGUUGUCGGUGAUUAUUGGAAGUAUUGGUGGAGUCAUAAACUCGCCUGUUCGGUCUCUACUGAGCAAAAUGGUCCACGAAGAUGAAGUUGGUAAAAUGUUUUCUUUGCUUGGAAGUGGAGAGACUAUUGCCAAAUUCUGUGCGGCAUUUUUUACGUAUCUGUAUGGCUAUACUCUUGAUAUUUUCCCUGGAUUCCCAUUCAUUUUGGCAGCUGUUUUAUACUUGAUAAUGAUGGGCAUCAUACUUGCAGUCAACUUUUAUUCAAGAGAAUCGGAUAAUGAUAACUCUGGAAUGCCACAAGAAGAACCAAAUCUAGAACUGAAUCGCAUUAACUGUAAUGAUACAGUUGUCUUGUAUAAUGAUGUGGAAUGAGAGGACAUUUGGUGUGACUCUUGUCAUGAGAACUCUCAGCAACAAUUACGCAAACUAAAUCAUAUCAUAACCGUUUAACAUUCCAUAUGUAUUCGAAUAAUAGCGAAUAGUCAGUGUAGAAAUAAACA